CCUCUGCCCCGCCCACCAGGAAAUCACAGGUUAGUGUGUGCAAUGCGGAAUGAAAAUGUCCUUCCAAAUCAGGAGAAAGCAACAAUAAUGAAGAGCUCGGCAACGCUGUGGCGUGGGAUUGUAAGCUCUGUUUGUGGAUGAGUCCUGCUGCUCUGCAGACCGGAGGACAGAACUGAACUCUUCCAGGAUCUGUCUGGAGCGACUCGGAUGUGAAAGCAUCUGCUGGAGGGAGGGGCGGAGCUGAGAUGUCAAUCAGAAGCGCUGAGGGCGUGUCCAUCAUGCAGGCCUUAGCCAUGACCGUGGCUGAGAUACCUGUGUUCCUGUAUUCCACCUUUGGGCAGUCUAUAUUCUCUCAGCUGAAGUUGAGUCCGAGUCUGAAGAAGGUGCUGUUCGCCACGGCUCUGGGCAGCGUUGCUCUGGCUCUGACCGCGCAUCAGUUGAAGAGACGGGGCAGGAAGAGGAAGCAGACAGUCAGUAAAGAAGCCCAGAAGCCUGUGGGCAUCCCAGAACAGCUGCUCCGAACCAGCCGGCCGGCCUCGCUCAAGAGAGGUCCGGUUCCAGGCCGUCAGAUGAUGAGUCCCAGCAGCCGCAGUAAUGACACUCUCAGCGGCGUCUCGUCUCUUGCACAGAGCAAACACUCAAGCUCUUCACACAGCGUCGCCUCUAUGCGAGUUCCCUCCUCUCCCAACCAAUCAGUGAACACUGGGAUGCUGUGGGAGGCGGAGCCAGUGGCAGAGGAGGUGGGAGUCGGAGAGGAUGCCAAUGCUGAGAACCUCUAUCUCAUGGGGAUGGAGCUGUUUGAGGAAGCCCUGCGCAAGUGGGAACUGGCUUUAAACAUCAGACACGGAGCUCAUUCCCGUGCAUCUGGGUCAAACAGUCUCGCCCCGCAAGGGUCAGAACUCGUGGAGCGCCAUUUGCCUGAGCUUCGUAAUCAUCAGUUUGCGGAGAAGCUUGAGUCUCUGCUGCACCGAGCCUAUCACCUACAGGAAGACUUCGGCAGCACCAUACCCCCCGACAGCCUCCUCGCUGACCUGGAGAGUGAAGCGACGCUGAUCCUGCCCACACUAGGGAGUUCCCAUCCCAUCCAAGACGACGAUGCCACAACAGUCACUUCAGACGACUCGUUUGUCUCUGCUGCUGAGUUGUUUGAGGCGUUCUCUCUAGAGGACACGUAUCAUUCGCUGAAGCCGGCGGCGCUGUAUGAAGAAGCCCUGAGUUUGGUAAAGGAUGGAGGCGUGGCCUGCAGAUCACUGAGAACCGAACUUCUGGAGUGCUACAGCGAUGAGGACUUCCUCGCCAAACUGCACUGCGUUCGCCAGGCCUUCCAGGUGCUGCUGCUGGAUGAGACGCACAGGAUGUUCUUCAUGGAUACAGGGAAGCAGAUGAUACUGGGACUCCUGGCCAAAGCCAACAAGAGUCCGACGGCGUUUCUGGAGAGUUAUGAAGACAUGCUGCAGUACACACAGAGAGAAGAGACGUGGCCCGUAACUAAGAUGGAGCUGGAAGGACGAGGGGUGGUCUGUAUGAACUUCUUUGACAUUGUGCUGGACUUUAUCCUCAUGGAUGCGUUUGAAGAUCUGGAAAGUCCUCCGUCUUCAGUGGUCGCGGUCCUGAGGAACCGAUGGCUCUCGGACAGUUUCAAAGAGACGGCAUUGGCUACUGCAUGUUGGUCUGUGCUAAAAGCCAAAAGGAGAUUGUUAAUGGUUCCCGACGGUUUUAUUGCCCAUUUCUAUGCCAUCUCUGAACAUGUGAGUCCAGUUUUGGCUUUCGGGUUUCUGGGCCCCCGACAGCACCUCAGUGAGGUGUGCACCAUAUUCAAGCAACAGAUUGUUCAGUAUCUGAAGGACAUGUUUGAUCACGAUAAGGUGCGUUUCACAUCCGUCCCGUCUCUGGCUGAGGACAUCCUCAGUCUGUCCCACAGACGGGCGGACAUCCUGGUGGGUUACCUGGGCAUCGACAGUCUACCUGAGACCAACGGAGCUUUACCCAAGAGCCCCUGCCAAGCCACCAGCGGACAGCAGGACUGAGCUGCACAAUACAAGACCUGUUCGUUUUGAAAGGGUCUCACUACGUCUGAUUGGCUAUUCGUCACCGUCGACCAAUAAACGUGACUAUAAAGAGCAUUCGUUUAAAAGACAUUGAUUAUUUAGACAGAUACACCACUACUGACUCAUCCGAGGUCAACCGAGGCCUUUUCUUGAUCCGCUUCUGCAAGUUCUCCACCGAAUAUCCAUCGCUGCUAUUUAGACUUCAUAACUUCAUAAAACCGUCUUUCAGCCAAACUUGCAGCCUGGAUUUGAGCUGCAGCUCUUGCGAAUCAACCGAUGCCACUUACGCUUUGUUUUAUGGGACGGUUUGCAGAUUUAUUUGUGUGUGAAUGCGUGUCGUUGAGUAUUUAUGUAUGUGCCAGCGGCCAAGUAAAGUCUAGCACUGGAUCUUGGGUAGCACUGAACACAACGGAGAGAGAAAAACGAGACCGAUUCGUGAGAUUUAGUGCAAGUCUCUCAGCACGUUUUGGCAGUUUGAGAGCGUUUUCGAUGAGAGGCUCACACAGGAAGUGCAUCAUUCAAGAGUAAAACAGGAUGUGUUCAUUAGCUGAGCUCACUUGUGUCCUUUAAGAGCUUCUGCAGUCCUUGUGGUUUGCCUUGUAAGUUGCAUUCGUUCUCACCCUCACAAUAUAUCAGUCACAGUGUUCAUCAGAACAAUAUUUAGUAGUCUGUUGGUGUGUUAUAUUUUCAGAUUUUGUCCUCCAUCAAUAUUCAGGACUAAAAUCGCUGAUUACCUUCUAUUCGAUUCUAUUUGUUCAUUGUGCAGCAGUGGUAUUGAGUCAAAUAGGUCACAGUUGUAGAGUAACUGUAAUUGUAGAGCAUAUAUGUGCUAUAACUUCUUAUUUCAGUCCUUUAAGCUCUGGUUGUUAAACUCUAUCAACAACAUCUGUGCCAUCAUUUCUACACCAAUUUGAUUUUCUGAAAACGGAUGCAUUAUUCCUUUACACUUGAAGACUAUGGGAGAAAAUGACCUCAGAUUCAAUUAAAGUGGAUUUGGUUUUUGUUUAUGAGAUAUUUACUCUAUAAAAUAUUAUAAUAGUAUAUAUUUUUUCUAUGGCAAUGGCACAGAUGCUGUUGAUGGUGUUUAAAUUGUAUUCAUCCCAUGAGAAAAAUUUAAAACAAGCAACUAAACAGCAUCUUGCAGGCCUUUUGAUUGAACCUGUAGUCAUGAAUUUUACCUGCUAAAACAUAUAUUUGCAAGCAAAAUGAGCUAAUAAUAGCGCUAAUAAUAUAGGCAAGUUUUGAUGAUUUUAAAAUGGAUAUGCAUGAAAUGCCUAAAACAAUUCUCAAAAUUGCUGAGCCUUUAUGAAACUUGACCAUGUUUGCGUUUGUGAAAUUAGGUAUUAGGAUCGUUAUAGCGUUUCUUUCCUCCUCAUAUUGACUAGUGUUGGGUGUCUUG